AUGGCGCAGGAGGCCGAUGGGACCGUGGGAGGUGGUGUGGCUGCGUCGAGCGUCGGGAGGGAGGGGCAUGCUGCUGCUGGGAGGCAGCAUGGGUGGUGGUGGAGGUGGUGGCAUGGAUCUUUGAGGGGCGCCAUUGUGUUGCCACUCUCCCGAGGUGCAUGUCAUGAUCUGGAAUCUAAAAGGUCUAACAGUAGCAGGAAAGGGGUAUGCAAGUUCUACAAUGGAAAGUCUGGGUCUCUUGCAAAGCUUCAAGAUGUUGUAAUACCUUCUCUGCUGAAAGACCUUCCAAAGCCAGAAACACCAUCCCCUAGGAAGCGCAAAGGUCUUCUUCUAUUCAGUUUCAAAUGGGGCAAACCGCAGAAUAAAGAGGUAUAG